UUUUAUUUUUCUUAAGUAAAGUAUACGCUCGCCACGUAGUAUAUAUAAUAUAUGAAAAAAAGAACACCUAGACGAGGGAAUCUUCCACUCGCUUUAAAGAUACACACGCAGCAAAUAAAAUCAAAACCACACAAGGACUGCCUAUCCAUAAAAGAGACGUACGUGCUGAACGCUUGAGUGUACACGAACGCUGCAGCUGCGAUAAAAAUAAAAACCCACGUGAUGCAACCGACAUCCGUUCGCACGGCAGAAGACUUCCGGACUUACGAAAGACAAACUGCCAUGCCAUCCGCAGAAGGCACGGCGAGGCAGUUAUUUCUUCAUCUUGUCCUCUUUUGUUGUUGCUGUUGUUUUCGUCCUCGCAAGCCCCACUAGGAUCUUUCUUGUUUUUGUUUUCAGUUUCUAUCACGGCGUGGCCCCUUCGAUACGGCGAAGAGGGGGGUCAGCGUCCUGAGGGAGCGCGCGAAUCGCGGCUAGCCCUCCGGAAUCACCGUCCACGUCCGCUGGUGUGCCCGAGACACCUUCAACGGCGGCUUCGGCUGUGGCCCCGGCUGCGGUUCCGGCUGUGGCACCGGCUGUGGCCCCGGCUGUAGCCCCGGCUGUCGCACCGGCUGCGGCUCCGGCUGUGGCCCCGGCUGCGGUUCCGGCUGUGGUCCCGGCUGCGGUUCCGGCUGUGGCACCGGUUGCGGCUCCGGCUGCGGCUCCGGUCCCUGCGCCGGAGGAAACUCCCAGCGACGAUGGCGAGGACGAGCUGACUGAGCGCCAGACGUUGUCCAAAGCCGCCACGCUACUGUGCCGGACCAGCCCGCGCGGAAAGAACGACCCGAACGUGCGUGGAUUCGCCUAUACGAACAACCGCUGCGUGGCGCUUUGCCGCAAUGGCUACGGGAUCCCUUGGAGACAGUCGUUCACCGCGCAGACGCCGUGCGGCAGUGGAAUGGUGUGCGUCAACAGGGAGUGUAUGCAAGCCGGAACCAGUAAGGACAUGCAGACGUGCACCACCAUCUUCAACCAGAGCCGCCGCAGGUACCGGCAGCUGUUCAACGCCCGCGUCGAGGCUGGGGUGAUCUCCGCCUGCCGACUCCGGUGCUACAAUCCCAACACGGCUGAAUCCCUGCGCGUCAACAGGGAUGAUGGCGAGAGGUGUCAGAACCGCCUCUACGAAGGCACCUGUCGUGGAGGCAUCUGCCGGUCUCCGAACGAUGCCAUCGCGGCGAUCGGGUCGGUCGUCCCGAUCCCGUACCAGGAGGUCGACGCUUUCUCCAGGCCCGACGACCAGGGCAUCCAGGUCGAGGAGCCCGGGUUCGGCGAGGAGUUCGACCACGACGGCUUCCACUCGGACCGCUUCCAAGAAAGCCUCGGGCAAAGGCCCCAGCAGACACCCUUCUCCGCCCAGCCGGCGCCUGCCGUGGUCCAGGCGACCAACGGCACGGCCGGGGUUUGACCGGCGCGGUCCAACGCGGUGCACCUCGAGUGCCUUCCACUAUUUAUGACUAUUUAUAUGAUGACUGCAUACCAAAUAAAGAGCAAACUCUCUGCGUAUAAAGA